AUGGCGGCCAAGUUCCAGGUCCUCAAUGAGGAGGGCAAGAACCGUCAUCGCUUCCUCUCCUUCGCUGACCAGCUCAAGCGCAUUCAAAACGAGGCCAUCCGCCCCUUACAUCAGGUCUUUGAGGAAGUUACAGAGGAUACAACCACCUUUUUCGAUGAAGCCCUGGACAAAUGGCGCGAACUCAAUCUCACCUCCCACUUUGAGAGCUUCACCCGGGAUGUGCGUGGCCUCAGCGGCAGCCUCCCGCUGCUCGUGCACCACCAAGGCAAGCUUAUCGAUGCUCUCUUGCAUCACCUGACCGUGCCCAAAAGCCGUGCCCUGGACGCGCUGCUGGAUUUGACCGUUCAACUCGCCCGUGACCUACGCGAUGAGUUUUAUCAACAUUUUGACCGCGUCUUCGAGACGAUGCUCCAACUCCUCAACCCAAGCUCCCGCGAGGAUUUGGAAAGCAACUUGGUCAAGCACGCCUUUACCACCCUGAGCUUUCUCUUCAAGUUUCUUCGAGCGUACAUUGUCAAGGACCUCGACUACUUUUUCCAGACCUACUACCAUCGGCUGCUCGGCGCUGACAGUCGUCCCUUUCUUCGCCAGUUUGCUGCCGAGUCCUAUGCCUUUCUGCUCCGCAAGGUCGGCCCUGAGCGUUUCCCAGAUCAUCUCAAGGUCGUGUUUCAGCAUGUGUACCUCCAAGACGAUGCUCAACUGGCUGAGGGUGUUGGUCUCACACUCUUUGAGCUGCUGGGGACCUACACGACUUCCGCCCAUGGCAACGAGCCGCUGCAGGCCCACGUCGUCACCGCCUUGCGUGCCUGUUUCCAGGGUAUACUCAAACACGUCUCCGCUGAUGUCUGGCGCAACCUUUCGCAAUUGGUGCUGGGCCGAGCGGCCACCUUGCGCCAACAAUUGGCCAACAAGCCCACCUCACGCCAAUUGGCCUUUCACCUCUUUCGGCUGUGUGACGUGCUGCGCACGUGUGUACAUGCCAAUGCUCGCUCAACCGUGGUCACAGUCACGGCACUAGCGCGCCUGGUCAUGGACCUGCUCGAAACACGCACCUCCACUCUCCAGCUUCGUGCCGCGCUGCACCUGCUUCAAGGCCUCACGCUCUGCCACCCCCGUGAAAUGGCCGAGCUCGAACUGUGGCAGCAGACAGCACCGGUCCUGUUGCAACACGACCGUCCCAUGCUCGAAGCCGAGUUUAUUCUGGACUGGGUCGAGGGUCUCUGGCACAGUCGCGCCGCGCUGGCUCUGGUAAAGCAGCCCGUGGCUGACUUUUGUGGUGGCCUCAUUGCAGCCAACGCCCGACAACCCAUCACCUUUUUGACCCUCUUGGGGCACAUUUGCGAGGGCCAUGAUCUUUCCCUUGACCUUCGCCUUGCCCCCAAGGCCGAAGAAGCCUGCUUCACACUGUUGCUUCGUGCCGCUGCUGCCCUACAACAACAGCCCGACCUCAUUCACGAGCGCGAUGCGCAAAUUGGGGAUCUUUGGAUCUGCCUUCGCGUCCUGGCACAAGCCCAUGAUCAUAACGACGAUGCCAAAGCCCCGCUCUCUGAGAAUCGCCGAGCCCAGCUGGAUACGGUCUGCAAGAUUUUGGCUCGUCAUUUAGGUGCCCCGUCGACGCAAGCCUCUCGUCAAGCCAGUGGAUCUGGCGUCGUAGAUCUUUUGGAUGGCCCGGCCAUGCAAGUUGAAGGUUACGCCUGUCUUGCCGCAGCGCUUCUCCUGUGGUGGCGUGGUGGCGCGCGUGAGGCUCCGGACGAGGCUCUCGUGGACUGGUUGCUUCAACUGUUGGGCCGACAUGGCGCGUCUGAAGCCCUUCUCCAGGCUGCUGAGAUCAUCUUGGGUGACAUCCAAGCCACCCACCCGGGAUUGCUGUCGACCGAGCGCCUGUUUCGUCUGCUGGGUCGAACGCAAAAGUUCUUGUCACACUCGCUUGGCAAACAACGAUUGCUGCUGCUCCGCAUCUUUGGUCACUUUGAACAGCCUCAGUGGCCCAACAAGGAGACGAAAGAACCUUGCUUGAUUCUUGAGCGUUGCCUCGAGGUCGAAAGCAUUCCAGCUGAUGUCAAGCGUCAUCGUGAGCGCCGCGUGGUCUUGGGCCGUCUGGCUGAGCAAGCGCGCGAGCUUCCUGAGCCCGUCCACCUUGCCGUGUUGCACUACCUUUUCGGCCAAUAUCGAGUGAAUUUCAGCCUGCUUUGGGCUGAUGCCAAGGCUGCUCUGCAGGUUCAGGCCGGACUCGCGCCCGAGCUUUUCUGGCGUGUGGCCCGUGACCAGCAGCAAGCCGUCGCUGUUUUGACGCGCACCGUCACAACACAAAGUCUAUCCCUACUCAAGCGCGGUGUCGAUGUUUAUGGCCAGGCCAACGGCGUUAAUACCAAGGCUUUUGCUUCACACUUGGAGCACAGUGUGGCGCUGGAAGGCCUUGCUCUAGCCCUUCUGGGCCGACAGUGGCUGCAUGCCUUGGCCCCGGCCCUGCACAACAACUUGGCGCACUUGCGCACGGGCCAUGUGCCGGAGGAUGCGCCAACUCCGGGGAGCUCUCCCGCCUCGUUUCGCCAACUGCCAAUGACUGUCUUGCAGACCCUUGAGCAGCUGGCUCACACGGAGGAUCGUGUCGACUUGACCAAGUUGCAGCAGCUUGUCUUGGAGACCUUGGCCUCGGCGCCGCAGCUGGUGCAGCAGCACGCCGAACCUCUCGCCAGUGACUUUGUCCAACUUUUUACCUCUGAGUAUGACGCUGUGUUUGCCGGCGAGCAGCGCUUUCAGGAUAUCAGCGACCAAAAUGAUGCGCUUGCAGGCAUUAUUCAAGCCGUGCAGCCCGCUUCGGAUGAAGAUGAGGACGAACUCGACACAGCUCAGGCAGAUGAGAAGGAGGAUGAUUUGCUGGAGGACCUGGACACCAUGGCCCUACGCUCACGGUCUAGCAAGGCCCCACCAGCGCAAACAGCCACGGACGCUGCGUCCAAUUCUCCGACAGUACCCGACGGCGAUGCCGAGGCUGAGCAGGAGGGAGACGCUUCUGAAGAGCCAACGGCCGAUGCUCCGCCUAGGCGUAAGGAGGCUCUGCACGGCAAGCCUGUCGAGGCAGUCGUGCGCCAAUGCGUGUUCCGCUGCAUGUCGGUGCGCAAGAAAGUCGUUCUUGCGAGCAUUACUCAAUUCCUGCAGUUGUUUGCGGUCCUCAAGCGUGGUGACGCCCUCCCCAUGAGCGCCGAGCUGCAAGAUGCUUUCUUGCAGGUUCUGCAGCGGCCAGAGGAGGAUAUGCAGGAGCAUGCGCUCACGGCCUUGUACAUUUUCAAGUCCUUCCGCGUUAACGUCAAGCCUUACCACCAACAGUUGACGCUGGUCAUUCGCUCACACCGUGCCAAGCUGCGGGAGAUCCUUCAAAAGUUCAACAUUGAGAGCCAGGACGGCGUUCUCAAGGCUGAGCACCGCGAUGCCUGCAUUGCCACUCUGCAUCGUAUCUUGCUCGCCAAAAUGUUUGCCCGCCGCGGCCGCAGCAAGCAGUACAACCCACGCGAUCAACGCCGCCUUGUGCUGCGCUACUUGCAAGGCUCGACCCAGGAGGAGCUACUUGACUUUGUGCGCCUCGUGACCCGACCUAUCGAAGACAACGUUGACAACGUACUCUCCGCAGAGGCUGCAACAACGCAAAACAGUGCCGUUGACGUCACCCGUGCCCCUCCUUUGAAGCGACAGCUCGGCUUUAUGGCUUUUGUUACGGAUCUGGUUCAAGUGCUAGGAGCCCACCUCGCGCCCUUCCUACCGCAUGUCAUGCAAAUGCUCCUCGGCAUUCUUCAAACCACCGAUUCCCUCCUGGCCCAGCGCGACUUGAUUGCCCGGCGUCAUGUGGCCGUUCUAAAGAGUGUGCGCCGCGAAGGUCUUCGCCGUAUCGUUCUCAUCUACCAGACUUUUCAGCGCCGGCUUCUUGUGGACUACGAUCGCGAUAUUGAUCGCAUCCUCGUGUCGCCACACCUCGAUUCUUUUGUGGCGGAGCAGUUGCAGCGACCAAGCCCGUUGAUGGAGCUUUUCACGCUUUGGAGCGAGCUGCCCACGCUUGUGGACCUCUUUACCGCCUAUAAUCAGGCAGUGUUGCCGACCAUGUGGGCUGUCUUGAGUCACCCCCACGCCAAACCAUCGGCUGUUGCCGCUGUCCUUACCGUCAUUGACAACCUCUUGCCCACACACGACGAUCUCAAGCGCGCCAAGCGCUUCGAAAGGCGUACUGCAGAUGCACAGAACGGUGUUACCAAGUCUGAUGCGAACGAUGCGGACAGCGAUGGCGAAGCAGCCGACGUUGUGGAGCAAUAUCGCGCUGGCGUCAAAGUUGAGGAGGAAGAGUUUAUGCGUGAACUUGCUGCAAAGCGGGCCGUCAUGACCGAUCAUGUCAGCUCUUUGUUAGCCCACAUGGCAGCCUACAUCUUCAACAAGUAUGCGGACUCGGCACCUGCUGACACCAUGGACGAGACGGGUGACUCGGCGCUACCGUCAACGGACCCUACCACCGCGGCGGUCGCGAGCAAUACGGCCUUGGCCGGGGUUGAGGAAGACGAGGAUGACAACGAGGAUGCAGCAGAGGCAAACACAGACGCAAGCGUGCCUUCCGCUUCGAAUACCGCAGUUGGGAAGACGCGACUCAAACGAUUUGCACCGCUGGACUUGUCCAUCCUCUCCCGCUUGGCCCCCUUUGCGACUGAUGCCGACCAAGCCGUGGCUUUGACGCGGCUGCUCAUGUCUCAGCUCUUGCUGCCGGACCGCCUUUUGCGCGUGCCCAGCAAGGUGCAUAUUUUGCGCUUUGCGUUGCACGCAUUCGACCUCUUUGGCCAUGCCCAUGGACACCUGGCUGCUCUGGCACAGGUCCUGGAGCGCAGUGACAGCGCUCAGCUCAGAUCUCUGGCUGCUGAGUGCAUCGUGGCCGGCGCCAAAUUUGAAGACAUGGUCGACGUUGCCCCGGUCGCAGCCGAUGUGCUCGCGCUCCAGGCACUCGAUGGCACAGCGGCGGGCGAAGUUCCAGACUACGAAGCCCGCGUUAGUGCUUUCGAGCGCUUGCGAGCUCGUCUCGAGACCAAAGACGUCACCCUCUCUGCUCCCGCCCUCCAGUUACUGGUGCAAGGCACUUCCCACAUGCUCUGCAGUGAUGACUUUACGCUGCGCAGCAUUGCGGCCACGCUCUUCGAGCUGUUGAGUGCCACAGCUGAGCGCAACCCCGAAUUUUACCCGGUCCUCAUCGAGGGGCCAUGUCUGCGCGUCUUGAAGCGUGGUGUGCGCGCCGAUUCCGAUGCUGCCCGCCAGCAAGCGCUGCAGUUGUUGGCCCGCCUCUCUUCCAUGUUUGCAACCACGCCGCGCUUUGCCGUAUUGCAGCCGCUGCGUCACCAUGACGAGGAACAAGAUUUUUUUGCCAACAUGGUGCACAUUCAGCGCAUUCGUCGCAUCAAGGCCCUCACGACUCUGCAGGCCUACCUUCAGGAGCACCAGUCAUCACUCGCCGAUGACGACGUAGCCACCGAGGACACCGAGGCUGAUGCCUUUUUGCAAGACAUGCUCACGGGCUUUUUUGUGCCUGCCUGCGCGCACUACGUGUUCGAGGCCACCAAGGUUCAAGAGUCCAACUUGGUAUUGGCGGCCACGGACACCAUUGGCGCGAUGGCUCGUGUCUUACCUUGGUCCGCUUAUGCGCAGCUGCUCCGCAGUUACAUUGACCAAGCCUCGCGCAAGCCGGACCUUAUCAAGACACUGCUUCGUGUGGCUGUUGCAGUACUUGAUGCCUUUCACUUUGAUGUCAGCGAUGCCAUGGUAGAGGUGGAAGCGCCUGCCAAAAGCAACGUUGCGGCUUCUGGUACGGGUGCCACCAAAGCGACGGCGGAAGCGCAUGAGGCAGAUCAGGACGAUGAUGAUGAGAUUUACACUAGUCGCCAGAUGCGUUCGAAUCGUACCCGCACGGGUGGCCUGACUAGCCGCAACCCUGUCCUGCAGGGCCUGCUGCGCGUGUUCAUUCCCAAGCUGAACCGGUUGCUGGCCUACAAGGACGAGGAGGGCCAUGACUUGGUUCGCAGUCCUGUCGCGCGUGCUCUGGUGCGCCUUUUCCUCAACUUGCCCGAUCAAGUGCUGAGGGCUCAGCUCCCCCACGUUCUAUUGAAAUUGGUAGCGAUGCUGCGCCAUCGCCACAACAGCCUGCGUGACGAGGCUCGUCGCGUCUUUGUAGACGUAUCGGUCAUGCUGGGGCCUGCGUAUCUGCAAGCUCUUGUCAAGGAGCUCAAAGAUGGUCUGACUCGAGGCUACCAACGACAUGUCCUCUCUUACACGCUUCACCAGGUGCUGCAUGCACUCCAGCCCAGUUUUGCGCCCGGCGACGUCGAUGCAUGCUUGGAUCCAGUCAUGGAAGUGGUGAUGGACGACAUCCUGGGUUUGGCCGGCGAGGAGAAAGAUUCGGAUGAAAUUCCGAACCGAAUCAAGGAGGCCAAAAAAUCCAACUGCUACGAAACAGCUGCGGUCAUGGCCACGUUCAUCUCACCUGGUAUGACCAUCAUGCUCCUUGCGCCCAUUGAGAACGCCAUGGCAGUCACCGAGAGUAGCCGCAUCGUCAACAAGCUACGCGAGCUCCUGCGCACCAUGGGUCGGGGGCUGGAAAACAACGCUGCCUUUACGGUUGAGACCUCGCUUAAGCUGGCCCAUUACCUUGUUCGCCGCUACUUGCCUUUAAGCAAACAAGGCGCGGUCAAGGUCAAGGACAAGCAAUUGCGCCCGGAGUCCAUCUUCAUUGUCCCACCGAGGCCCAGCGGCCCUCAAGGCCCGCAGGUGUACUUUAACACGAAUGCCCACUUGAUGGUAGCGCUUGGCCUUCAAAUGCUUCUGGCCGCCUUCCGCCACAACCAGCUGGACGCCACCAAUGAGGAGCAGCUGGGCAUGCUCGACCCAUUCACCCCUCUGCUCGUGGACUGUCUGUUUUCCAUGCAUACGCGCAUUCUCAGCUUGACGUGUCGCAUCUGGAGCCAUUUCAUUGUUCUGCAUGGUGCAUUGCCGUCUAUGACCAAGGUGGUACCCAAGCUGACGUCGCGCAUGAUCAAGCUCAUGCAUCGCACGGGCGAGAGUAACGCUUCAACCGAACUGGUCCAAAGCUGUGCCAAAGCUCUGGGUGUUGUUUUGCGCGAUGUCAACUCGGCCAAGCUCUCGGACAACCAAUUAGAGGUGCUCUUGUCCUUUAUUCGCGAGGAUCUGGAGACGGUCGAGCGUCAGACGACGGCCUUUGGCUUGCUGCGCACCAUCGUGACGCGUAAGCUGAUGCACCCAGAGGUGUACACGGUGAUGGACCGCGUUGGCUCCGUCUUGGUACAAUCGCAAUCCACCGCCUCGCGAAAUUUGGCCUGUCAAGCAUUUGUCGCCUUUUUGCUCAACUAUCCGCUGGCAAAGAAGCGCCUGGUGCACCAUCUGCGCUUCCUCGCCUCCAACCUCAAUUACGAGUUUGACACGGGCCGUUUGAGCGUGGUGACUACGCUGCACGAAGUCGUCCGACGCCUUCCUGAUAACAUGGUUCACGAAUAUCAGGAAACCUUCUUGCUGCCGCUGGUGCAGCUAAUUGCCUCUUCAGACGUGGCGCACACGCGCCAGGUGGCUCAGCUGGCGCUGCGCGCUUUGCUGGAUCGGCUACCUCACGCCGAACAAGACAAGAUCUGCGAGAUGGCCAAUUUGUGGCUUCAGAGCGAGAAGCCCGCACUUCAGGUGGCUGGCUGGCAAGUGACAUCGCUGCUUAUUGACGUUUAUGACACGCGCUUUCGCACCUUUGCCCCCCGGGUCAUCGAGCAUGCGAUGGCCGUCUUUGCCAAUGCUGUGGAUGAGGAUACUGACGAGGAGACAGAUGACAUGCAGGGCCAGGACACUUGGCAGCUUCUCUAUCUGAGCCUGACAGUCCUUCACAAGCUAGCAGGUUCUUUAGAAAGUGUCAAGCAGACGCUUCUGUCCAACGCUGAGCUGGGCCGACACCUCAAAAGUCUUUUGGGCUACAGUCAUGCUUGGGUGCGGCUUGCCAGCGCCCAAUGCAUUGGCGGUCUCUUGGCCAACCUUGCGCCAGGCGCGGUCGCGGCGUCAGUGCUUGGGGAUGCUUCCAGCACUAACAACAAGAAAGCGGUAUCUGCAUUGGGUCUCACCACGAUGAUGGAAGUGUAUGACCUCACCUACGAAGUGCGCCAGAUGGUGCGCCAAUUGAUCGACCUCUGUCAACACGUUUGCGGUUAUGACAUGACCACCAUGCUGGAUGAGGCGCGCCAAACGGUGGCCGCCAAGAGGCAGAAGCGCAAAAACCGCGAGAACCAAAUGCAGAUUGUCAAUCCACAGGCGGCUGCGGCGCGCAAGGUAAAACGAAACCUGGCCAAGCGGGCAACCCGCCGCCGUCAAGUCGAGCGAUUUAAACAAAAGUCUUUUGGUGGCAAGUCCGUGGACGGCAUUGUCCAGGCCAAGCGUGCCAAGAAGCAUUCAUGA